AUGAACAGUGCGUGCGCGAGUGCGGAUUAUAGCUGGUAACCGGUUUCCGGCGCUAUGGCUUCCCGCACGGUGUACGAGUUUUCCGCCCGCGUGUUGGGUAGCAGCGAGCUGGUUGCCCUCUCCCGGUAUCAGGGUGCCGUGCUGCUCAUCGAGAACGUGGCGUCUCUUUGAGGGACAACAGUUCGGGACUUCACCCAGAUGAACCGGCUGCAGACCAUCUAUGGCCCACGGGGAUUCAAAGUGCUCGGCUUCCCCUGCAACCAGUUCGGACACCAGGAGAACAGCAACAACCAGGAGAUCCUGAACGCCCUGAAGUAUGUUCGCCCUGGGGGUGGAUAUGAACCGAACUUCACCCUGUUUGAGAAAUGCGACGUUAACGGUGACAAGGAGCACCCUCUCUUCACCUUCCUGAAGGAGCAGCUGCCCUAUCCCAGCGAUGACGCCGUGUCCUUAAUGAACGACCCCAAGAGCAUCAUCUGGUCCCCGGUGAGGAGGAGCGACAUCUCCUGGAACUUUGAGAAGUUCCUGGUUGGCGCUGAUGGGGUUCCGUUCAAACGCUACGGCCGCUGCUUCGAGACCAUAAACAUCCAGGAGGACAUAGAGAGGCUGCUUAGUGAAGCUAAAAAAUAGGCAGCGAGAGGUGCGGGAACCAGGUGGUCUGAUCGGCAGGACUGGGGGGCUUCCUAGCAGAUGGGGGCAUUUGGGGAGAGUGUGGCCCCCUCUAUAUUAUCGGCUGUUCGAUACAUACAUUAACAAACCGGACUUACAAUGAGGGUUCUGGUAAGCCAUGCAAGCGCUGCACUACCUAAACGAUAGAGUCCGGCGUUGCCUCUGUAUAACACUCACUUCAGGGGCUGCGUAUUAAACCCCAGUGCAAAUAACACGCCCGGCUAGGAAUGUCUUCUGCGUUGUUCUCCGGUAUUGUCGGCGGACACUUGGUUCCAAAGUCUCACUUCUGUCGCUUUAACCCCUUGUGUUCCCUGUGCUGGCUGCUGAGACCCCUCUGGCAUUUACUCAUGAUGCUCCCUCUUUAAAUAUAUUGAGGGGGAGUUGAUGCUCCGUGUAAAGAGUCAGUGGGGGGCUCAGUAUGUGCGGCGGGGAGGCUCGUGGGGUGGGUUUCUAUAGCACUUAUUACUGACAAUAAAAUACACUUCACAAAACUGCA